CGAGCAGAACCGACCUGAGCCGAGCGGAGCCGAGCGGUAUCACGGAAACUGCUGCGGAGACGAGGAGUAAACAUCCCUGCCGACUGCGAUCCGCUCCCCGCCGCCUGAGACCGACAGCCCGCCGGCGGAGCUCCACUGACGGCCGCCAUGUCUGAGACCUACGACUUCCUCUUCAAGUUCCUGGUGAUUGGCAGCGCUGGUGCAGGGAAGUCCUGCCUCCUCCACCAGUUUAUAGAGAGCAAGUUCAAGCAGGACUCCAACCACACCAUCGGGGUGGAGUUCGGCUCGCGGGUUGUGAACGUCGCCGGGAAGACGGUCAAACUGCAGAUCUGGGACACGGCCGGCCAGGAGCGCUUCAGGUCGGUGACGCGCAGCUACUACCGAGGGGCGGCUGGCGCCCUACUGGUCUACGACAUCACCAGCCGGGAGACGUACAACGCGCUGACCAACUGGCUGACGGACGCCCGCACGCUGGCCAGCCCCAACAUCAUCAUCAUCCUGUGUGGCAACAAGAAGGACCUGGACGCCGACCGCGAGGUCACCUUCCUGGAGGCCUCCCGCUUCGCCCAGGAGAACGAGCUCAUGUUCCUGGAGACCAGCGCUCUGACCGGGGAGAACGUAGAGGAGGGCUUCCUGAAGUGUGCCCGCACCAUCCUCAACAAGAUAGACUCAGGUGAGCUGGACCCAGAGCGAAUGGGCUCCGGGAUCCAGUACGGCGACGCCUCCCUGAGGCAGCUCCGCCAGCCCCGGGGGGCGGGGCCCGCACAGAUCAAGCAGCAAUGUAACUGCUAGGGGGGGUGCCCUCCGGGGCCCGGGGCCGGUGAGCAGGAGCCCCCCGGUGGGGCGGUGACCUCUGCCCUGUAACCUCUGCCCCCGGCCCGGGCGGGGAACUCCUGACUGAACAUGCAAGGCUGGUGAAGAACCUCCGGAGAAGAUCCAUGGACCUCCUCCUCCUCUCCUUCAGACCUCCUCCUCCUCCUCCCCUACCUCCUCGAGUCCUCCUCCUCCUCCUCUCCUCCCAGACCUCCUCCUCCUCCCUCCUCCUCUCCUCCCAGACCUCCUCCUCCUCCUCCCUCUUCCUCCUCCUCCUCCUCCUCCUCCAGGGGUCCCAGGUCCUCCUACGAACCCGUUUUAUGUCUCCUCUGGAUCUCUUUCUUUGGUUGUUUUAUUAACACUCCUGGUGUCGUUGUGUUUGACCCAAACUGAAGAUGUUGUAUUUAUUAUUCAGUCGGUCAGCGAGGACGUGUCUGCCCCCCGGGGGGUAAAGAUCAGACUGCGUGUUGAACCCCUGUUUGCACUAGAGGUCCCAAUCAGGAGCGGCGGGGGUGGGGGGGGUAUUGUGAGCGCCCCUCCCGGUCAUGCUUCUUAAAUCAUUAUUCAUCCGACAUCUUCAGGGUUUAGGUCCAGUGACUUAAAAAAAACCCAAAAUAUCGAUUUAUUUUAAAAUAAUGAAUGAUUGUCUUUUAUUUUUAUCAAGUUGGGGCUGCAUUUUUUUUUUUU